AUGGGUUGCGGAAUGAGCACCGAGGAUAAGGAGGGCAAGGCGCGGAACGAGGAGAUUGAGAACCAGCUCAAGCGCGACAAGAUGAUGCAACGCAACGAGAUCAAGAUGCUGCUUCUCGGAGCCGGAGAGUCGGGCAAGUCCACGAUUCUGAAGCAGAUGAAGCUCAUCCACGAGGGUGGCUACUCUCGUGACGAGCGCGAGUCUUUCAAGGAAAUCAUUUACAGCAACACCGUGCAGUCCAUGCGGGUCAUUCUUGAGGCCAUGGAAUCUCUCGAGCUGCCUUUGGAGGAUGCGCGCAACGAGUACCACGUGCAGACCAUUUUCAUGCAGCCCGCUCAGAUUGAGGGCGACAGCAUCCCCCCUGAGGUUGGAACCGCCAUUGGCGCACUUUGGCGCGACACCGGUGUUCAGGAGUGCUUCAAGCGCUCGCGUGAAUACCAGCUGAACGACUCUGCCAAAUACUACUUCGACUCCAUUGAGCGCAUCGCUCAGCCUGACUACCUCCCCACCGACCAGGAUGUCCUCCGCUCCCGUGUCAAGACCACCGGUAUCACCGAGACCACUUUCAUCAUUGGAGACCUUACCUACCGCAUGUUCGACGUUGGUGGCCAGCGAUCCGAGCGUAAGAAGUGGAUUCACUGCUUCGAGAACGUCACCACCAUUCUCUUCCUGGUUGCCAUUUCCGAGUACGACCAGCUGCUAUUCGAAGAUGAGACCGUGAACCGUAUGCAAGAAGCCCUGACUCUGUUCGACUCCAUCUGCAACUCCCGCUGGUUCGUCAAGACCUCGAUCAUUCUGUUCCUCAACAAGAUCGAUCGCUUCAAGGAGAAGCUUCCCGUCAGCCCUAUGAAGAACUACUUCCCCGACUACGAGGGUGGUCCCGACUACGCCGCGGCUUGCGACUACAUCCUCAACCGCUUUGUUUCCCUCAACCAAGCCGAGCAAAAGCAGAUCUACACCCACUUCACAUGUGCCACUGACACCACGCAAAUUCGCUUCGUCAUGGCCGCCGUGAACGAUAUCAUCAUCCAAGAGAACCUCCGUCUCUGUGGUUUGAUUUAA